UAGGCGUCCGGCUGUCCUGCUAAAGAGCUCAGCUGGCACUAACGCUGAGGUAAAUGCGGGAUGGACUGCAGGUCACAAGCUCCCAAGGCCACAGCAGCUGAUUCCCCUGAGCUGUCUGAGGUGUCUUGGCCAUCCAGUUCAGGAACCUCUUCCCCACUCAGCACAGAGGGACAAAGGACCUCUCCACCACUUACAGUGAUUGACAGCGGAGACUCAGUGGUAGCCAAGUACAUCAACAGGUUCCGCCAAGCUCAGCCCACAAGCCGGGAGGAACGCCAGCCUGCCGGCCCCACCCCCGCUGACUUUUGGUGGCUACAGCCCAAGUCGGAAGUCGCAGCAGCAGGAGCCGGUGAACCGGAACAUACAGGAAGAUCCACUAUGACAGGUCCAUCUCCCACUGGGAUGUGCAAUGCAUCCCUGGCUUCAGCUCCUCUUCAGAAAGUAAAACAGAGCCUGAACACCUGGAACUCAUCUUUGCUGGACUUGGAGACCCUGAGCCUACAAAGCAGAGCGGCCAGGCUGCUGAAACGCAGCAAGGCCUCCCUCUCCUCCUCGUCUCUCAGUCCCAGGGAUGCCAGCAGCUCCUCCUUCCCCGUCAGCUCCGAUGGCAUCUCUCCGUGCUCUAUGGCCUUUAAUACGGACUCCAACAGGAGUUCUAGUCCCAAAGUAUCUGUGUCUGGAGCAGCCCCGGUGCCAUCCCAGGCCCGCAUCCCUGCUCCCCACCCAGCCUCCUCCCAGGCAACCCUUCAGCCUGAGGAGGACAUCUUAUUCCAGUGGCGGCAGAGGCGGAAGCUUGAGCAGGCUCGAGGCGGUGAGGGUGAUGGAACCUGGGUGUUGCCUCGGACCCCAGCCCUCACCACUCAGACUCCUCCCGUCCCUGCAGUGAAUCCUGGUUCCCUGGGGACCCAGCCCAACUGUGCUCCACCAUGGGGCAGUGUGGCCCAGCCUCCUCCCGCACAGGCCUUCUAUGUGGAGAGGCCACCUCCUCCAGGGCCCUCUCCACACAUCUGGACCUCCAGCCCUCACGGGUUCCUCUGGGCCCCACAGGCCAAUCCAUGGGUAUCUCUCGGGAUGGUUCCUACCACACUGCUAGCCUCCCCGGUUGCUCCCGUGGCUUCCUUCCCAGUCCCCCCUACAAACACUCCAGCUGCCCCAGCCCCCACCCCUGCUCCCCAGGUCUCCAUCUCAAUGCCCCCAGCCUCCAUUCCACCUCCCUGGACCUCCACCCCUACUUCCGCACCAGACACCCCCCAGGAGCCAACUAACCAUGAGCUGAGUAGUUCUGCCCAGCCCAAGAAGCUGGAUCCCAAACCUCGGAGGGCCAGCUCUUCAUCGCACCGGGAGACAACAGAGCCAGGGUGCCCAGUUUUCGAGAGUCCCUGUUCACAGCUCAGGGGUGCCCUGGGCCAGGUAGUGACAGCCCGGCUGUUCCCCGACAGCCUGGAAGACACGGUCCCUUGCCUAGAGAGCCCGCCUCUUUCUGAGGCCGCUUCUCAGAAAGUCAAGGCCACACCCCCUCAAGCCAAGGGCCCGCCCACUCUCUCCGAGUCUCAGCGGGUGUCCAAAACCGCGUCCUGCAUAGCCGUGGCUGAAUCCUCCUCCGGCCGGUCGGUACUUCGGAAAAGCAAAGUCACCCUCUCAGCUGAAUCUAGGGAUCCACAGCCAGCUACAACCCCAAAGGCAUCCACACUGUCAGAGGUCCGAUCGCCUCAAUUCAAGACAUCUGCGCCCAAGGCCGGAGCUGGGGAUGCCUGGACCACGGCUCCGCCUGCCUCAGGCCACGCCCCCUCUGAGGACUUGCUUGCCCAGGCCUCAAGACUUCUGCAGGCUGCCGAAGACUCGGAUGGCAACGAGUUUCAGGAAGACCCUGUGUUGCGGGUGCUAAGAGCUCAGAGGGCAGAGCUGCGACAGCAGAAAAGGAAAGUGGAUGCCCAGUUAUCUCUCCUCUUGAACCACACUGAAGACCCAGGAUCUUAUUCCCCUCUAGCCAGCUCACCUCCCAGGUCCCCAAGAAUGCGGUUGAGGAGGGAAGGAGCCUCCUUUGAGGCCAGGCGACUUUGAAUUGCAAAAAUUCUGGUUUUCCUGGACUGGGAGGUACUUACAAGUAUGAAGACCCGAAUUUAGAUCUCCAGGAUCUACAUAAAGGCAGCUGCUGACUGGCCAACUGGCCCAUGGAGCCUGCCUGGGUCUGAGACACGGUGGAAAGCAAGAACCUAUAUUCAAAGUCCUUUGACCUCCAUGCACAAGUUGUGGGGUAGGUACAGGCACACAAAA